AUGGCGUCCCGGAACCCUCCUGCCCAAGACUAUGGAAACGAUGAUGAAUCUUACGAAGUGCUGGAUUUAACUGAGUAUGCAAGAAGACACCACUGGUGGAAUCGAGUAUUUGGCCACACUUCGGGAUCCAUGGUAGAAAAACACUCAGUAGCUACCCAGAUUGUAAUGGGUGGUGUGACUGGCUGGUGUGCAGGAUUUUUAUACCAGAAAGUUGGAAAACUUGCAGCAACUGCAGUAGGCGGUGGCUUUCUUCUCCUGCAGAUUGCGAGUCACAGUGGCUAUGUGCAAAUCAACUGGAAGAGAGUUGAAAAAGAUGUAAACAAAGUAAAAAGACAAAUUAAGAAAAGAACAAAUAAAGCAGCACCCGAAAUCAACAAUGUAAUUGAAGAAGCAACAGAAUUUAUCAAGUAGAACAUCGUGAUAUCCGGUGGCUUUGUGGGAGGCUUUUUGCUAGGCCUUGCCUCUUAAGG